UUUACAUCCCGUGUUAGCAUGCUAACAUACUAACGCCGCUGACUGGACAGGCUGCGGAACGAUAACUGCGCAGAAAGUUUACCGUUACCGGCGGAGAGAGAUUCGGAAGAAGGCGCUGCACGUUACCUUCACCACAGCUGGAAGAUAUUUUUUAUUUUUUAAGUUUUAAUCAUAAAUCGGUGAAGAUGUCUCCGCCUGCUGAUGCUAAUGCUAAUGCUAACGUGGGGCAGAAGGUGGUUCAGUACGAAAACUUCAUCAACGAAGUUCUGAAGAGAGAUUUGCAGAAGGUGUUGGAGCAGAGAGAUGUCGUUUAUGAGAAGAUCUCUCAGUACCUGCAGCUGAAAAACACCAUCCAGAGUCUGCAGGAGGCGGAGUCUCUGCGGCUGAAGACGGACGUGGAUCUGGGCUGUAAUUUCUACGUUCAGGCUGAAGUCGACGACUCGUCCAGGAUCUUCGUCGCCGUCGGUUUCGGUUUCUUUGUGGAGAUGACGCACGACGAAGCUCUGAGGUUCAUCGACAAGAAGACGAGCCAACUCACAGCGUUUACAGAGCAGCUCACCAAAGACUCCGCCAAAAUAAAAGCCAACAUCCGCAUGGUGCUGGAGGGUCUGAGGGAACUUCAGGGCCUCAGCGAACCUGAGAGUCGAACCAGAGACAUUUUCUAGACGUUUUCUAGUGAAUGAUUGAAAAUCAUUGCAGAGGAUGAGGAAAUGGAUCCUCUUUAUUCUGGAGGUUCGUUUAGGAGUUCAUGGAUUCAGCAGGAUGAAGACGUGACGUCAGAAACACUUCCUGUUCCUGAUGAUGUCAUCACCCCUGACUCUGCCACAGUAAACGUCCAUCAGACGAGAAUCCGUCUGACUUGAGUUUUUCUCAACUUCCUGAUCAGACUGAAGCUGCUGUGAGACAGAAACAUAAAAUAAAUCAGAUUUAAAAUUGAAUCAAAGCUCAGACGAAACAGCUUCUUAUUAAUGUUGUUUCUUUUUUUUUUUUUUUUUUUUUACUUUUGAUGGAUUUUUCUGUUUCUGAGGAUGUUUUGUAAAAACAAAAAAUGUAAUAAAAUCUAAAAUUUCAAUAAAUGGUCGGUGUU